AUGAUGCUGAACCCACCAGAUAAUGAAGAUAAUGAUAACAUGAAUGAUUCUGGUGAAGAACACGCAUAUGAAGAUACAAUCACACAAUCAGGGCCAUCCAAAAAGAUAAAAACACAAAAUAAGGAUUCAGAAAGUCAAUUGCUUUUAUCUAUACAAAAAAGCUUAGAAAAUCGAAAUGAAAUGACAAAAUCAAUGGAUGAUCCUUUCCGACUUUUUCUGUUAUCCCUUAUCAAUGAUCUUAAACAAGUACCAGAGGAAAAUAAAAUGGAAGUGAAACUUAGCAUAAUGCAAACGAUUUCUAAUGAAAAAAUCUCGACAACAGAAUACCCAUUUUUCAGAUGGUUCUUAUUGUGA